GCCCGAGUCAACUGCUCGCCUGUGACCCCCUUUUCUGUCUUUCCUGUCCAGGGUUCUCGGGUCCAUGCCCUUUAAUCUCUUCUUCUAGCUGAAGGCUGCUGAAAGCUGGACCCCCUCCUGAUUCCUUUGUUUGGGAUUGGGCUUCCCACAUCUAGCCUUUAUUCGGCGGUUGUGGCUGAAGGUAUCACUUAUUAUUUUCCCGAAGGAGUGGAGGGGGAGCCCUGCGGGGUCACCGGUCCUCGCAGAAGCCCGGGACUGAGAACCCUUAGCCGUCCCUCUCCACUCUUCUCGGCAGUCGUUAACAGUGCAGUCUCUGCCGUCGGGUAGAACUCGACUGAAAUCCUGACUCCUCCUUUUAGGAGCUGGAUGACCUUUGAGAACAGCCCCAGCCCAGGUGGGAAGGAGGCAGAAACUCAGCAGCCUGUGGUGAUUCUCUUGGGCUGGGGUGGCUGCAAGGACAAGAACCUUGCCAAGUACAGCGCCAUCUACCACAAAAGGGGCUGCAUCGUAAUCCGAUACAUAGCCCCGUGGCACAUGGUCUUCUUCUCCGAGUCGCUGGGCAUCCCUUCACUUCGUGUUUUGGCCCAGAAGCUGCUCGAGCUGCUCUUUGAUUAUGAGAUUGAGAAGGAGCCCCUACUCUUCCAUGUCUUCAGCAACGCUGGCGUCAUGCUAUACCGCUAUGUGCUGGAGCUCCUGCAGACCCAUCGCUUCUGCCACCUGCGUGUGGUGGGCACCAUCUUUGACAGCGCUCCUGGUGACAGCAACCUGCUAGGGGCUCUGCGGGCCCUGGCAGCCAUCCUGGAGCACUGGCCCGCCAUGCUGCGCCUGUUGCUGCUGGUGGCCUUUGCCCUGGUGGUUGUCUUGUUUCACUUCCUGCUUGCUCCCAUCGCAGCCCUCUUCCACACCCACUUCUAUGACAGGCUGCAGGACGCGGGCUCUUGCUGGCCCGAGCUCUACCUCUACUCGAGGGCUGAUGAAGUAGUCCAGUCCAGAGACGUAGAACGCAUGGUGGAGGCACGCCUGGCACGCCGGGUCCUCGUGCGCUCUGUGGACUUUGUGUCAUCUGCACAUGUCAGCCACCUCCGUGACUACCCUACUUACUACACGAGCCUCUGUGUCGACUUCAUGCGCAACUGUGUCCACUGCUGAGGUCAUUGCUCGACCUCACCUCUGCUCCAGAAAUAAAUGCCUGAUACCUCCCCAC